UGAUGGUAAACAGUUCUCGGUCGGGGUGGGGUACAUGAAGAACGGUUUUCGAAAAAAAAUAUUUUAUCCUUUCGAUAAGAUUUAAAAUUAGCUAACAAUUUAUAUAUAUUGGUAUUUAUUUUUAGCAUUUAUUAGUUAGCCACACAUGCUAUUAUGGGGAGCUGCUUGACUGUGGGACCAAAUGAAGCUCUCGUUGUAUCAGGUGGCUGUUGUGGUUCUGAUGAGAAGAACUAUGUGGUGGGUGGAUGGGCCUGGGCGUGGUGGUUUCUAACAGAUGCACAAACAAUUACACUUGAGAUUAUGACAUUACAACCCAAGUGUGAAAGUGUGGAGACAGCAGAAGGAGUAGCCAUAACAGUCACUGGAGUGGCUCAGGUAAAGGUAAUGACUGACCGGGACUUGCUGGCUAUUGCUUGUGAGCAGUUUCUGGGAAAAUCUGUUAUGGAAAUCAAAGCUGUGGUGAUCCAGACUCUGGAAGGACAUUUACGGUCAAUUUUAGGUACACUGACAGUAGAGCAGAUCUAUCAGGACAGAGACCAAUUUGCCCAGCUGGUUCGUGAGGUUGCAGCACCUGAUGUGGGCCGAAUGGGCAUCGAGAUCCUCAGCUUCACUAUCAAAGAUGUGUACGAUAAGUUGGACUAUUUAAGCUCUCUGGGAAAGACGCAGACGGCCGCUGUGCAGAGGGAUGCGGACAUCGGUGUGGCUGAGGCAGAGAGAGACGCUGGAAUAAGAGAAGCUGAGUGCAAGAAGGAAAUGAUGGAUGUGAAGUUCUUAGCUGACACCAAAAUGGCUGACUCCAAGCGGGAACUGGAGCUGCAAAAAGCGUCUUUCAACCAACAAGUGAACAGCAAGAAAGCUGAAGCUCAGCUAGCUUACGAGUUGCAGGCCGCUAAGGAGCAGCAGAAGAUCCGGCUGGAGGAGAUUGAGAUCGAGGUGGUGCAACGGAAAAAGCAGAUCACCAUCGAAGAGAAGGAGAUUGAAAGAACAGAGAAGGAGCUGAUCGCUACGGUCAAGCGGCCUGCCGAGGCGGAGGCUUACAAGAUGCAGCAACUGGCUGAGGGUCAAAAGGUUAAAAGUGUCUUAAUCGCACACGCUGAAGCCGAGAAGAUUCGGAAGAUUGGGGAGGCAGAGGCUAACUCCAUUGAGGCGAUUGGCAAAGCUGAGGCAGAGAAGAUGAGAGUCAAGGCAGAUGCUUACCAGCAGUAUGGAAAGGCAGCUAAGACUGCCAUGGUUCUAGAAGCACUGCCAAAGAUUGCUGCAAAGGUGUCCGCCCCACUGGCCAGGACCAAUGAGAUCGUGAUUCUGAGUGGAGAAGGUAGCAAAGUGACAGGGGAAGUAAACCGUCUGCUGGCUGAACUGCCCGUGUCUGUAAAUGCCCUUACAGGAGUGGAUCUGUCAAAGAUCCCUCUGCUGCAGAAGAUGACCAAUGCUCAAGCCUAAGAUAGUCUGUUCCUUUUUCUUCUCCAUAUGGUUUAUGCACUCACUUUAAAAGCCUUCGAGAUAUUAGAAGUAAAAAAAAAAAGCACUCUUGAGAUAAAAAGAAGUUUUUGAUACUGCUGCACUGGUGCCUUAAUGUUUUUAGGACCAGGAUAUUUGCAUGUUUUGCUGCUCCUCAGUUACCGUUCAGGUUUAUGUUUAUACAUUUAUUGUUGUUGUUAUUUAUUGUUUUAUUUCAUUGUAGGAUCUGUGUCUUUGAGUCAGUCCUUUUAGCAUAUCACUCACUGUUGUCUAAUACUAGUUAUGUGCACUGUUAUCUGGUUAACAUUAGCUGCUAUGCUGUAAACACUACAUAUAGUAAUGACUAUUAUUAAGGAAAAGUGGAAAAUGUUCAGAAUAAAUUCAGCUUGGUCUGAUUUGCUAUUUAAAGCAAGAAAAUGAUUGAAUGGCUAAUUUUGACAUGGUUGUUGGGACGAACACAUCACAGCACAAAGUCGUGUUUCUAUUUAAAACAGGUCCAAACAAUCCACUAUUAUAGACCUUUAAAAAUUUCUACAUUUAACUAAACCGGGCUUAUGUGCUAACACAACCUUACAAAAUAUGGCCAUUAUGUGUUAGUAAACGUAUUAAAUACUCUGAACCUGGAUCCCACUUGUUAGUUUUCCUUUGGAAUGUGGAAUUAUAAGCAAGCUUGUUACAGAGCUGGCAGGUUAGCCAGCUUGUGUGCUCUUGUUGCCUGCUUAAACUCAUAAUAUGAUGGUACAACAUUUUCACUGACAAAUUACUAACAUAAACUAAAAUGUAUAUACUGUAAAUACAUUUUGGGUUUUUUUCGUUUUUUUCCUAAAUGUUUGGGUGCUGAUUAGUAGCCAGUUUGAGUGCUGUUAUGCGCUGUUCAUGCAAUUCCUGACCAAGAAUUAAAUCGAUUAAAAAAAAAAAAAAAAUAGACUUGAAAUAAAAAUGAUAAGAUGUCCCUAUAAACAAGACAAGCAAGAACAAACUACACAAAGAAACAACCGUUUUUUAAAAUAAAUGAAGAAAGCCAAAGCAGCAGCUGUAUUUUUUUUUUUCAGGAUACUAGAAUACAGGUUAGAAUUUCUGUGUUUUUGUAAUUAAAUAGUAAAUGAUUUUGUAAUGUAAAUAACUUCUUGAAAUUUGUAUUCCACCAUUGCUUCAUAUCGAACGUACUAUCACUACUACCAAGAACUAAAAGCUAGUCAUGUUUUGAAAAUAGAAAUAUAAAACAUAAAAAAAAUGUCCACUCCUAACUACCAUUUAUGUCCGCUUAUGCAUCGAUGUAUUCAAGAACAAUCUAGUUGUCUGCAUCACUGUGAAAAAUCUAUUGUCCUUUCUCAGUAACUUCACCAAUUUUGUUUGUAUUGUUGUGUGAAUUGUGCAGUGCUCAGUCGUUGUUGUGAGGAGAAGUUAUAGUAAUAUUGGCCAUAUGUCUCAUUUUCUAACACUUAAUUCGGAAAAGAGACAAAUAAUUUUUUUGUGGAUGAUCAAUCUUUUAAUACUGUGUACUUUUUAUGUUUGUAAUUUUUUAUAUAUAUGAACAAAUAUACAUGUACAUUAUUUAGUUAACCAGCUUAUUUCUCAUUACUAAUAAUUGCUUAAUUUAUUAAAAAGAAUAAUCUACAGUUUAUGCCUGCUGUUGCAUUUUACAUCAAACCUAGUCUUGUCUUGUCCUAAACUAAAUUCACAUGCUGUAUAGAUAGAUAUACAGACAGAUAGAUAGAUAGACAAAUAGAUAGACAGAUGAAUAGAUAUUUGCACUUGAACUUAGUUUAGGACAAGACUUUGUCUAGGACCUAUAGACUUCAGAACCAAGUUUUCUAUUACGUUUUCAGUUAGUUCUAAGUUUAAAGUUGUAGUAAUAUAGAUACAUACAUCAUAGGUGACUGUGUAAUUAGUAACAUGCUGGAAUAUGUCGAACGUUUUUAUUUUCCACUCACAUUUACCUGCAUGGUUCUUGCGCAUGUCUCCAAAUAUAAUAAAUGAAUAAUUCAUUUC